AUGAUCAAGAAACGAAGAAGCAGUAGAGGCGAGAAGGGAGGGCUGGAAGAGGGUUUUAGAGGGCCAUACAGGGGAAAGAAUGUGGAACAAAUUUUGUCCAGUCUUGUGAUGAUCUCAGAAAAGGUUGGCCUGGCAAAAGGUUCUGAAUGCCAACAUUCAUCGAUCAACCUACAUGAAGAUCAAGAUGGUUCCCAAAAUGUUUUAAGCCACUCCCUCGAGGUUAUCCUACUUAGUUCUAAUUGCAGGACAAUAGUAAGACAAGCUUAA